GAACCAACCCAACAAAAAAAGGAACGUAUAAGAUUAAGGGGUCCAUCAUGACGGCGUGGAUUAGGUCGCGCGGCCGCGCGCACGACGGAAAUUGAUUUCGGCCUCGAUCGUGAGCGCACGUCUGUCUCGUCUCUUAACCCUAAACCCUAAACUGAAACAGAGAGCGGCGGGCGGCCGGUCGAUCUCGUCCCUCCUGCUGCUGCCUGCUAGGAAGGGAGAUGGAGAGGGAGAGCGGACCCGGGAAAGAGCAGCGGCCUGAUGAGUUGUGGAUGCUGAUAGAGGAUAUCAUGUCCUUGGAGAAGGAGCGCAAAGACCUGCUUGACUCUCUUACUCCCGGGAUUUCUCGCUGGGAGGACACCAUCUCUGCAAGAGCAACGUCCAGGGUCUCCCGAAAGGGAAUCAUGGCCGAGAACACAUCGUCCCUCUCCGUCCAGAAGAAGAUGGAAUCACUGCAGGUUAGCAAAGACGACAAAGGACUCGUAAACUACUUCGAUUUCAUCCUCGAAGACACGGAGGACUUGGGCCACCGGAUGCUAUCCAUGUCACAAUUUCUCUCGAGCUCCCGUGCCACCAUCUCCUCGUACAAGGGCGAAGAUCUGGUUCGCACAACGUCCAGAUUAAUGAAAAUCUCCAAGGAUCUCUUCCACAAGCCUGCCGACGAGGCCGUGGAGGACGCAGCAGAGGAGAUGAGGAAGGAGGAGAAGAAGGAUGAUGGUGAGAAGGAGAUUGUGCUGUCCAACGAAUUCUUGCGUCUCUCCUCCAAUGUCAGGGAGAGACCCUACCUUUACAAGAAUGAGUUGGCGAUGAUGUUCACGGAGGAGGACGAGGAGGAGUAUGAGAGGGAGAAGGAGGCGGAGAGGGAGGCAGCGAGGGAGAGGGAGGAGAAGAGGAAGCAGUGGAAGCAAAAGAAGAAGAAGCAGCCGAUGGUGGUGGCGCAAGCCCCUGACCAGCAGGAAACAAAAUCCCCAAUGGAGCGUCUCAAAGAGGGUAUGGAUACCGAGCUGCGACUUUUUGCCGGCCACCGUGAAUACUGGCAAGAUACAAACUGCAGCAAGACCGGACGGUGCGGUCGGUUCCAAGAUAAAACCACUUUGAGUCCUAUGCAGUUUACACACUACACACCUGGUAUCACCCUGCCCCCUGCUGCUGUCACUGGGACAACCGUGCAGAUCUACUCCUUCAAAAUUACUCGACUGCACAAUGACCUCAAGUGGCCACUCUAUGUCUACGGCGAGGUCGCUGCCCGGGACACCGUGGACCGCAACCGCAACCUUCUCUUCUGCCGAUCAAAGUUUUAUGGCCAAGUACUCACUGAAAAUCUCUUCCCUAUGCUUGACUGGCCCUUCUUGUGCAAUUGUAGCCGAGGAUCCUGUUGACUUUGAAGUCAAACUAAGAAUUAUUGAGGGCGAUGAUGAGAUCAAAGACAGAGUAUUGAUGAGUCUUAGCAAGCGUUACGACGGUUCAGAACAACCUUUAUGCUUCCAUGGCUCCAUGUGCAGUGCAGAGUUGAGCCUUGGGCGACUUGCUGCAACGGUCCAGGCAACUAUCGUGGGGGUUCAUAUUGGUAAAGGGGGGUGGCCUUUUGAAUGCGGAGGCCGAGUUACUUGCACCUCGUAUUCUGCAGAGCUUGAUGAUCACUCAUGUGAUGAAGUUGUUUUGCUUGAUUCCGCUGAAAAAAUUCCUGAAGAUGGUUUAGAUGGGUAUAUUUCUCUUUCAAGGAGCGUUGUGUCAGUACAAUUGCAAGGACGGUUGAAAGUUAGCAUACAAGGCAUACGAGCAGACGGGGAAUCUGAUCCUCCAGUCGAUGUUGACUUCCAUCCCCAGGAUUGCAACGUAAGUAUGGGUAGUUGUUUUGUCUAUGGCACUAAGGUGGACAUCACGGUUGCUUGGUCCCGGAUUGUCCGAGACAAGAUGGAUUUACUAAUUGAGGGUUAUUCUUAUCAGGCAUAGUGUGCUGUCUUGCCCAUCUAAUAUGUUUGCUAGUGGUAUGUUAUUUGUAUGUCGGCCAGCUAUGCAAGUAGGAUG